AUGCUUUUGUUCCUAUACCCCCGAAGGCCUGAAAGUGACUCUUCGAAGUCUCGCCUUUAUAGCAGAUUAUCCGGGUUGGCGAAUGGUUCGAGCGUCGGCAAGACCCAGAUCGGCAAUCAUGAAUUCGAGGGAUUGAGUCACCACGUGUUCCCUUGGGCAACGGAACUCACUUGGAUGCCUCCUAGCCUACUGUGGCCAAAGCAACCCAAAGCAACGAAACAUAUUCUGCGUCUGGUAGCGCAGUUUGCUGUAACAGGUGUAUUGGGGAAUGUUUGGUUGCUUGUAUCCACUGUAAAAGUUGAGAAUUCUUAUCAACAGGUAGUAACUGCGCCAGGUAGUAAUAAAAUGCUUGGCGAUGACACUAGUUGGUUUAAACAACAGGUGGCCAUAGAUAACCAAAGAGAAAUAGAAGGCUUAUUCUGUAAUGUUUCCACCAGUGACUUCAUUACAAGCAGUGCAAGCGACGUGUUCCUGGGCCCCGUCGACGACUACGUCCUGGCCCCUGUCGCUAGGUUCUCCGGGGUGUGGAAGGUCCCCGUGCUCACGCCAGGGGGUCGACCCAAGGCCUUCGACACCCGCACGCUCUACCCGCUUCUGAUCCGCCUCAAGGGGUUCUACGCAGAGAUCGGCCGUCUAUUUUCCUCCCUGGUGAGAGAAUGGGAUUGGAGUGUCCUGGGUCUUCUGUACCAAGAGGGAGACGAGGUCAAAGGCCAUUCUGUGUGUUACUUCCCCGUGGCUUCCAUCUACACUACGUUCACCAACAAGCCAUCUACAGAGAAGUUUAACAGCACCAAUACUAACUUCACGGAAAUCUUACUUCGCUUCCAGAGCAAUUCAAGGAUUGUGGUGAUCUGCGCAGAACAGGAGAACGUGAGGAAGAUCAUGUUAGCGGCAGAAGCGCUGGAUAUGGUGGGCGGGGACUACGCCUUCUUCAAUAUGGAAAUCUUCAAUGGAACGGCAGCAAGCUAUAAUUCGUGGUACAACGCUAGCGACACUGCCAAGAAUAAUGAACGUGCAAAGAAAGCUUAUGAUGCUGUCCUGACCGUCACUACUCGUGCACCAACGGGGGAUCAGUACCGUGAUUUCUCCGAUGAGGUCAAGGAAAUGGCUCUCAAAAAGUUUGCCUUCGAGUACGAGGACACAGUUAACCCCUUCGUGUCCAGUUUCUUCGACGCCGUCCUCAUCUACGCCGCUGCCUUGAACGAGACUCUCCGGCUUAACGGCAGCAUCACCGACGGAGAAGAUAUUGUCAACAACAUCAGGAACAAGACGUUUGACUUUAACAAGCUACUUCCUUGGGAACACGAGAACAUCACCAUCGAUGCCGUUGGAGACCGCAAAGCCGAUUACUCUCUAAUGGACAUGAAUCCAGAGACCGGUGUAUUCGAGUCGGUCGCCACGUACUAUGGGGAGAAGGAGACGGUAACGUUCACUAAGGAAAUCCACUGGCCGGGCGGAAAGCCUCCACGUGAUGAACCUGAGUGUGGUUUUGACGGGUCGAGGUGUCCAGAUACAACAGAUUCCAUGACAUGGAACAUCGUGACAGGUGUGCUAGCCGUCUUGGUUGUAUUUAUGGCCAUCAUCAGUUUCUUUAUAUACAGGCACUUUAAACUGGAAGCUGACUUGGCCUCUAUGACGUGGUGGAUAUCCUGGGACUACGUGGAAAUGACAGACGACGUCAAGUGCUGCAAAUUUGGGUCCAGAGUUUCCAUCGGCAAAUAUAGUCAUUCUAGUAACAUGUCUGUGGAUUCUCUUGUGGGCAACCGACAAGUCUUCAUUCGCACAGGACGUUUCAAGGGUGUCACAGUCGCCAUCAAGAGGAUAAAUAAAGACCGAGUUGAACUAACACGACCGAUUCUUAUUCAACUGAAAAGGAUGAAGGACCUGCAGUACGACCACCUCGUCCGUUUCAUCGGGGUGUGCGUGGACCCUAAGCCCUACUGUGCCAUCUUCACCGAGUACUGUCCCAAGGGCUCGCUUCAGGACAUCUUGGAGAAUGAUGACGUCAAGCUAGAUUCGAUGUUCAAGAUUUCGCUCAUGCACGAUCUGGUUAAGGGUAUGGCCUUCCUGCAUUCCAGCGAGAUCCGGACGCACGGUAACCUCAAGUCCAGCAACUGUGUCGUGGACUCUCGAUUCGUUCUCAAAAUCACGGACUUUGGCCUCAACCUCCUCACUGAUAACGAGAAGAACUACAACCCCGAUAGAUACGCUUUCUGGAGACGGAAGCUGUGGACGGCUCCCGAGCUGCUGCGAAACCCGUUCCCGCCGCAAGAGGGCACGCAGAAGGGGGACGUCUAUUCCUUCGCCAUCAUCGCCCACGAAAUCAUAUACAGGCAGGGGGCCUUCUGGAUCAAGAACGAGGACCUCUCCCCCCAGCAGAUCGUCGAAAACGUAAAGAACGGAGGCUACCCCGUGUUCCGUCCGACCAUCGAGGACGACACGGCUGAGGAGGAGUUGCUGCAGAUGAUCAAGAGGUGUUGGGCCGAGGAGCCGAUGGAGAGACCGGACUUCCAGCAGCUCAAGACAAUUAUAAGGAGACUCAAUAAAGACAAUGAAUCUGGAAACAUCUUGGAUAAUCUUCUGUCUCGUAUGGAGCAGUAUGCCAACAACCUAGAGGUCUUGGUACAGGAACGAACGGCAGAUUACUUCGAAGAAAAACGCAAAUGUGAAGAACUUCUGUAUCAGCUGUUGCCGAAAUCUGUGGCCAGUCAGCUGAUCGAAGGCAAGAGUGUCAUGGCAGAAACUUAUGACUGUGUCACCAUUUACUUCAGUGACAUAGUUGGAUUCACUGCACUCUCGGCUCAGUCCACGCCACUGCAGGUCGUGGAUCUUCUAAAUGAUUUGUACACACGUUUUGAUGCCAUCAUUGAGAACUUUGACGUCUAUAAGGUCGAGACCAUCGGUGACGCGUACAUGGUGGUAUCCGGCCUCCCCGUUCGAAAUGGCACCCUCCACGCCCGUGAAAUCGCCAACAUGUCCCUGGCACUCCUUCGGGAGGUAGAAACCUUCACUAUUCGUCACAGGCCUGACGACAAACUCAAGCUCCGGAUUGGAAUGCAUACAGGCCCUUGCGUGGCUGGAGUCGUAGGUCUGAAAAUGCCGCGUUACUGUCUCUUUGGGGACACAGUCAACACAGCUUCGAGGAUGGAGAGCAAUGGACUACCUCUCAAGAUCCAUGUAUCGGGUCACACACAGCAAGUCCUGGUACAGCAUUACCCUUACUUCCAACUUGAGUGUCGCGGCGAAGUCGAAAUGAAGGGCAAAGGAAAAGUCACAACGUACUGGCUGUUAGGGAAGAACGACGUAGAAACCCAAUAAGGUCGCUAAAGGAAGUGCCAACAACAGUAAAUUAGUCUCUACGACAGCACCCAAAAACCCAGAACAACCAAGUCACUUGUUAUGAAACUGAGCUAUGAAGAUUCAUAACACUUAACAAAA